AUGGAAAACGUUACGCAUUUGUUGAAUAUCACAAAAUUUUUGAGUAAACACAAAAAUCCGGAGGCUAAUGAACUUCGUAAUUAUUAUGUAAAAUGCUGUAAAGAAUUGACAAACGAUGGAGAGUUACCUAAACAAAUUUUUGGGAUUAAUACUAUGUGCUCUCAUUGCGGUUCGUUAUGGAACACAGUAGAUUAUAAAGUCAGAUUGAUUCGAGGAAAGCCGAUACCAAAUUCAGUUAAAAAGUUGAUUAAAAAUUCGGGUAAUGAUAUUCAGUUGUCAGUGUGUCAAAAAAAGUUAGUACGUAAGAGUCUUAAGAAUCGGUUGAAUAAAUUGAUAAUUAUCUGCUCUGUUUGUAAAAAGAAAAAUUUUGUUACGUUGAAUAAACCAGAGCGAUUGAAAAUAGCUAAAACAGAAGUUGUCACUGACAUAACGCCGAAGAAAAAAAAGAAACGGAUUAAAGAUAAAACUGCUGGAUUAUUGAUAAACACCCCAAAUGUCAAAGAUUGCCAAGGAGCUGAGAUUACAAAAAUUAACGUUGAUACACCUAGGUUGUUGAACCCUAAAGGAAAACAAAGAAAGAGCAAUAAUAUUAACGUAUCCGGGAGUAAGCCAAAGAAAAUAAAUAUUUCAAAAUUGAAGGGAAUAAUCAAUACAUCAACUACACCCUCUAAAAGAAGUAGUCUCCAUAAUUUUUUAACAGAACUAGGAUAG